AUGGCGGCGGCGGGUGCGGGGGCCGGGCCCGGGCCCGGUGCGGGUUCUUCGGCCGGGGCCGGGGCUUCCAACCCGCGGAAGUUUAGCGAGAAAAUCGCGUUGCAGAAGCAGCGGCAGGCGGAGGAGACGGCGGCCUUCGAGGAGGUGAUGAUGGAGAUCUGCUCCACCCGGCUGCAGGCGCAGAAGCUGAGGCUGGCCCACAGCCGGGGGCCCUACUACAGCGGCUCCCUGCCCAACGUCAACCAGAUCGGCAGCGGCGCCAACGACUUCCAGGGCCCCCUGCACUCGGCGCUGGACUCCGCGCGCGGCACUCGGCACCACGGCCUGGUGGAGAGGGUGCAGCGGGACCCGCGCCGGAUGGUGUCCCCCCUGCGCCGCUACGUGCGCCAGAUCGACAGCUCUCCCUAUGGACCUACCUACCUGUCCCCUCCACCCGAGCCCAGCUGGAGGAGGACCAUGCCCUGGGGGAACUUCCCCAUGGAGAAGGGACAUCUGUUCCGCCUGCCCUCGGCCCUCAACAGAACAAACUCAGACUCAGCCCUGCACACCAGUGUCAUGAACCCCACCCCCCAGGAUGCCUACCUGGGCCCCGGGCAGGGGGUGCCAGCCCCCGGCCGCCGCAGCGGUUUUCUGGAUGGGGAUGUGGACAAUAAAGUGUUCCCCUUCCAAGUGCCUCCCAUCGAAGAGACCUUCGAUGACAGCAAGCACUCUCUGAAGCCCUGGGACACCAAGAAGCUCUCCUCAUCCUCUGCCCGGCCACGCUCCUGCGAAGUCCCUGGGAUCCACAUAUUUCCAUCCCCAGACCAACCUGCCAGCAUCCCUCUCAUCCCCUCGGCCCUCAACACCGGCGGCUCCCUUCCCGACCUCACCAACCUGCACUUCCCCUCCCCGCUGCCCACCCCCCUCGACCCGGACGAGAGUCCCUACCCCAGCCUGAGUGGGGGCAACAGCACCAGCAACCUGGCCAACACCAUGACACACCUGGGCAUCAGCGGGGGCAUGGGCCUGGGCCCCGCCUACGACUCGCCAGGACUUACCUCUCCUAUGCAGAGCUCCCUGAGUAACCCCUCCCUGCAGUCCUCGCUUAGCAACCCCAACCUCCAGGCCUCCCUGCGCAGCCCCUCGCUCCAGUCCUCCCUCAGCAACCCCUCGCUCCAGUCUUCCCAAAGCAGUUCCUCCAUCCCCUCCUCGCUCUCCAACCAGUCCCUGCCUUCCUCCCUCUCCUCCUCGCUCAGCAACCCCUCCCUGCCCACGUCCCCCCGCAGCCAGCCCCUCCAGUCCUCCCCCAGCAACCCCAGCCUGCCCUCCGGCUUGAGCGGCUCCUCCUACCCCCUGGUGCAGGCCUCCAUAACCACCUCGCCCCGCCGACGGGUCCCGCUCAGCCCCCUCACCCUCCCCAUGGGUGGCGACUCCAGAAGGCAGCACCCCAAACAGUUCUCACCAACAAUGUCACCCACAUUGUCCUCCAUCACCCAGGGGGUGCCUCUGGACACCAGCAAGCUGCCGGCAGACCAGCGGCUGCCUCCCUACUCCUACGGCCAGCCUGGGCUGCUGCUGCCGGCCCAGCAGGGCCAGAAAGCUCUGCACCAGUCCCCCCCCCAGCCACCGCUGCCCCCCGCCCCCCCCGCCAGGCUCCCAGCGCCCCCAGUGCCGCCGAGCGCAGCCCCGCAGCGCCCCUACGCCCACCAGUACCAGCACCAGCAGCAUGAGCCCUCCCUGCAGCAGCAGCUGGCGCAGCAGCCCCUGAGCAACUUCAGCCUGGGCAGCUUUGACCAGUUUGGGAUGGGGGAGAGCCCCACUGGCAACAGCAGCAGCUUCCCUGAGGAGCUGGGGACCCUGAGCUACCCUCCCCCCGAGGGCAGCUACGACCCCCAGGUCCUGAACCGGCAAAACCUCAGCAACUGCGGCCGCCACGGCCCCAUCCCCAACAUCAUCCUGACAGGAGAUUCCCCCCCUGGUAUCUCCAAGGAGAUCGCCACGGCGCUGGCCGGCGUCCCGGGCUUCGAGGUGGAGGCGGGGAGCCUGGGGCUGGAGGAGGAGCUGCGGAUCGAGCCGCUGACGCUGGACGGCCUCAACAUGCUGAGCGACCCCUACGCGCUGCUCACCGACCCUGCCGUCGAGGACUCCUUCCGCACCGACCGCCUCCAGUGAGGGGCCUGGCACUCGGCAGAGGGGGGUGGG